GUGUUCAUGAGUCCAAAGACGACUUGGAGCAGGAAGGCGGAUUUAUAGAGCCGUUCAUAUGUUACUUUCCCCCAAGACAGGAAAUAAUGAUGCCUGAAUAUCCUGAGCCUGAGCUCAUGACUGGAGGCAUCGGAAAGUCCCAACCUGCAGACCCAGAGGUGCAGGCCCUGUGUGACUCUGUGAAGAGUGAAGUGGAGGCGCAGAGAGGAGAGAAAUAUGAGACUUUCAGAGCCAUAUCCUACAAGAAACAAACUGUAUAUGGAUACAACUACUUUGUCAAGGUCCAUGUUGGUGGCAACAAACAUCUGGAGCUGUUUUUGUAUGUAGAGCCUGACCCCAACAGUCGGCCCGACCUCCGUGGGGUUAAGGAUUUCACAGAUGACCAGAUCUCCGACUUGCAGCAGGAAAUCAGAGACAUAGAGCGUUUUCCUCCACAGGAGCUCAUCGUCGGAGGCAUUGGAGAGUCCCAACCUGCAGAUCCAGAGGUGCAGGCCAUUUGUGACUCUGUGAAGAGAGAUGUGGAGGAGAAGAGAGGAGAGAAAUAUGAGACUUUUGAAGCCAUAUCCUACAGGACACAAGUUGUAGCUGGAACCAACUACACUGUCAAGGUCCACAUUGGGCAGAACAAACAUCUGGAGCUGGUUGUGUUUGUGGGGCUGCCUCACACCAACAGUGGGCCAGUCCUCCAAAGUGUUCAUGAGUCCAAAGACAACUUGGAGCAGGAAGGCGGAUUUAUAGAGCCGUUCAUAUGUUACUUUCCCCCAAGACAGGAAAUAAUGAUGCCUGAAUAUCCUGAGCCUGAGCUCAUGACUGGAGGCAUCGGAAAGUCCCAACCUGCAGACCCAGAGGUGCAGGCCCUGUGUGACUCUGUGAAGAGUGAAGUGGAGGCGCAGAGAGGAGAGAAAUAUGAGACUUUCAGAGCCAUAUCCUACAAACAACAAACUGUAUAUGGAUACAACUACUUUGUCAAGGUCCAUGUUGGUGGCAACAAACAUCUGGAGCUGUUUUUGUAUGUAGAGCCUGACCCCAACAGUCGGCCCGACCUCCGUGGGGUUAAGGAUUUCACAGAUGACCAGAUCUCCGACUUGCAGCAGGAAAUCAGAGACAUAGAGCGUUUUCCUCCACAGGAGCUCAUCGUCGGAGGCAUUGGAGAGUCCCAACCUGCAGAUCCAGAGGUGCAGGCCAUUUGUGACUCUGUGAAGAGAGAUGUGGAGGAGAAGAGAGGAGAGAAAUAUGAGACUUUUGAAGCCAUAUCCUACAGGACACAAGUUGUAGCUGGAACCAACUACACUGUCAAGGUCCACAUUGGGGAGAACAAACAUCUGGAGCUGGUUGUGUUUGUGGGGCUGCCUCACACCAACAGUGGACCUGUCCUCCAAAGUGUUCAUGAGUCAACAGACGACCAGAUCUCUGACUUGGGGCAGGAACCUGUGAGACUUAUACUUCCAGAGCCAGUCAUGUGCUACAGAGAGGAGAGUAGAUUUUUGUCCGUCGGAGAGUCCCAACCUGCAGACCCAGAGGUGCAGGCCCUGUGUGACUCUGUGAAGAGUGAAGUGGAGGCGAAGAGAAGAGAGAAGUAUGAGAUUUUCGAAGUCAUUUCCUACAAGAAACAAGCUGUAUAUGGAUUCAACUACUAUGUCACGGUCCAUGUUGAUGGCAACAAACAUCUGGAGCUCUGGUUACAUGUAGAGCCUUCCCCCAACAGUAGGCCCGUCCUCCGCGGGGUUCAGACUCCCUUGGAGCCUGUUCGUCCACAGGAGUUCAUCGUCGGAGGCAUCGGAGAGUCCCAACCUGCAAACCCAGAGGUGCAGGCCAUCUGUAACUCUGUGAAGAGAGAUGUGGAGGAGAAGAGAGGAGAGAAAUAUGAGACUUUUGAAGCCAUAUCCUACAGGACACAAAGUUGUAGCUGGAACCAACUACACUGUCAAGGUCCACGUUGGGGAGAACAAACAUCUGGAGCUGGUUGUGUUUGUGGGGCUGCCUCACACCAACAGUGGGCCAGUCCUCCAAAGUGUUCAGGAGUCCACAGACGACCAGAUCUCUGACCUGGAGCAGUUAGGUGUGAGAUUUAUACACCACCAACCAGUUGUAUGUUACUUAC